CAUAUUUUACAGAUUUAUAUAUUUUGACACAAAGCUUUGAAUUUAUGAUUAUAUUUAACUCGAAUGUAUAUUCAAUAAGAGUUAAAAUAUUUAAAAGUAGCGCCCAAUUUUAUUUACGCAGAGGUAUCUGGAUAUACAUAUGACUCAUGAAAUCGUGUAAUAUGUAGAUAACUAUCUCCGAAUCCUCUAUUACCGAAUUUUAUUUUAUGUAUUACAAUUUGGGUUUGUGUUUUUCAUUAUAAAUACUUUUACAUUAUAAAUACUUAAAAAAAAUCAUAUUUGAAAAUUUUGCAACAUAUACAAUCGAUUUAAAUCAUACACUUCCUCGAUAUCUUUGAGCUGUCACCUUCUGUCAACUCUCUGUGAUAACCUCUAUUAUACACCUACGUGAAAAUAUGAAAGAUUAUAUCAAUUUGCUUAAUUUGUGAUAAGAACGAUCAAGCAAAGAUGUUUUCAAGCGGACCGAAUUACACAAAAUUAAAAACGCAUCUGCGUCUGGCGAUUAAUCGGUUGAAGUUGCUCGAGAAAAAGAAAACUGAACUUGCUCAAAAAGCACGGAAAGAAAUUGCUGAUUAUAUCGCCGCAGGUAAAGUUGAAAGAGCAAAAAUACGAGUUGAACACAUUAUCAGAGAAGAUUACAUGGUCGAGGCAAUGGAAUUACUUGAAAUGUACUGUGAUCUUUUACUUGCACGUUUCGGACUUAUUCAACAAAUGAAAAAUUUAGAUGAAGGUUUAGCAGAAGCCAUUUCUACAAUAAUUUGGGCUGCUCCUAGAAUACAAACUGAUGUUCAGGAAAUUAAAAUAAUUGCUGAUAUCUUAACAUCGAAAUAUGGAAAACAAUACACUGAAGCAUGUAGAGAAGAGGCAGUACAAACCAUUUCUGAAAAGUUAAAGCAUAAGAUGAGCGUGCAAUCACCAUCUAAGCUUCUUGUAGAGAAGUACCUCAUAGAGAUUGCAAAAAAUUAUAAUGUUGAAUAUGAACCAGAUCCACAGAUAAUGGCAGAAGGUCAAGAUGCUUUAUUGAUCGAUAUUGGAAAUAACACAGAGAGAAAUAAUUUAGAUACAGCUUCUGGAGGUUUACCACAACCAGUUGGAUUUAUUGGUUUUCCACAACCUCCUCUAUUACCAAAUCCUGCGUCUAAUCUAAUUAAUUCAGAGAAGGGACCUAUAGGAUUUGUAACUCCACCAGGAUCUUUAGAAAAUAAAGAUCAAAAUGUUCCUUAUAAUCCAAGUAAUGUUUCAUACAACAUUCCCUUAGAUAACUCAAAUGGAAAUAAACUUUCCGACCAGAAACCAAAACCUCAACCGCGAUCGAAAAUGCCGAUGAAUGAUUUUCAGCUUCCAGAUUUGCCAGCCGUGCCAUCGGAGAAUGAUUUACCUUCGAAUAAUCCAUCUACUAGUGAAGACAUUGAUUUUGAUGAUUUAAUGAAACGCUUUGAAGAUUUAAAAAAAAGAAAAUAAUUUCUUAUUUAAGAUGUAUUACAAAUUUGUAUGUUGUAAUACAACAAAAAUAUAAUACAGUAGGUAUAACAAAAAAUAAUUAUAAAUAUGCAUCCAAUAUUUAUGAAAAAGAAUACGGAAAUGCAUAAAACAUUUCGGCUGCAAUUUUGUUAUAAGAAUAGAUUAUAUUAAAUAUAUUAAAUACAUUGUGUAAUAUUUUAACAUUUUUCAACAAUGCUAUAAUAUUUCAUAGAUAUGAAUUACAAUAUUGCUUCAAUUGAAUAAGUUUUUUAUUUGAUGCAAAUACUAUCAUUAUUAAAUUACAAUAUUGAAUAAAAAAAAUUUGAAAUAGCAUUUUUAUAUAUUGUAAAAAUAUACCUGUAAAAAUAUACAACUUUGUAAUUAAUCAAUUGUAAUUAAUAAAAUUGUAAAUUACUUCUGUCUAAAAUAUGAAUAUAAUAAUAUUAUCUUAGAUAACAUUUUUUUAUUAUUUC